UAAUUUACAUAUCCAGAAAAUGGGGCUGUUCCAAGUCAGAGGCAAAUGAGAACAGAGUUUGCAAACUCUCAGAGGUCAAUGAGAGCAUAGCGUGCGAGUGUUUGUGAUUCAGAAUUGCUUCCUCUUCUGCUAUAUACUUUUAUUGCACAACUUCUGGUCACGCAGAAGCAAAUCUGCCUUUUAAAAGGGGUUGUGACAAGACUGAGACAGCCAACAAGAUGACCCAGAAAAAGGCAAUAGAGAAUCUUUUAGCUAUGCUUCAAGUGGAGGAGAACGAGGAGCUGCUGUUUACUUACAGAGGAGUGCUGUAUCCAAAACUUUGUAGUCCUGGGACUUUUGAAGCAUUGGAAACCAUGGAAGCUAGGAAGGACGAUAGGCUGAUUGUUGCUUAUCCAAAAUGUGGUACUAACUGGGUGCUCCAAAUGGUAAAUGACAUGGUAGCCGCAAUCCCAAGUUACAAGGACUUACCACCACUGGAAAACCUACAAAUGCUUGAAUUUGGACUGCCCACAAAAGUUCAGGACAUGGACAAGCAGCCUUCUCCACGUAUUUUUGCUACACAUUCUCAUUAUGAUAAUAUUCCCAAAUCUUUUUUUGAGAAGAAGGUGAAGAUGUUGGUAGUAUUUCGAAACCCCAAAGAUGCCGCUGUAUCCUAUUACCAUUUUUACAACAAAAACCCUGUUCUUCCAAAUUUCAGCUCUUGGGAUGAUUUUUUUCAAAGGUUCAUGAGCGGCGAAGUUUGUUGGCAGUCCUACUUUGACCAUGCUCUGGCUUGGGACAAACAUAUGGAUGACGAAAAUGUCAUGAUCAUCACAUUUGAAGAGCUGAAAGAAAAUCUUCACGAAGGAGUGAAGCGAAUAGCUGAAUUUUAUGAACUACCUCUGUCGGAUGAAAUGAUUAAAUCUGUUGCAGAGAGCUCUACCUUCCAAGCAAUGAGCAGUAAAUCUGAAGAAACACAUGGUCGGUUUGCUCCUAUCCUUUUCAGGAAAGGUGCUGUGGGUGACUGGAAGACUUUGUUCACUGAGGCUCAGAGCCGGGAAAUGGAUGCAAAAUUUGAAGAGUGCUUAGCAGGAACUAAACUGGGUGCAAAGCUAAAAUAUGACCAAUAUUGUAAAUUUUAAACCUUUGGAUUUGGAGGUUAUUAUCUGAAGCCUUUGGGUUAAGAAUAAAUUGAUGUUUAAGUGCUAUAUACAUCUAUGCACAGAAAAUUUU